AUGUCUAAAACUCAGGACGGAAAAGUGGAAGUUUUGGCGCCAAAGUUAACUUGGGAACCUCAAGGAUUUCCGUGGUGUCAAGUUUUCCCACGCACUGCACCGCAGUCUUCUGAGAGACUUGUACUGCUGAAUGGCGAAGUGAACAGUAUAGUGGAUUGUAUCGCCAUAAUCAUCGACGUUCUGAAAGAGGUUACAAUACCGGACGAGCUGGGAGGCGCCAUAAUUGGUAAAGGUGGUUCACGUAUCAACAGAGUGCGUGAGGAAUCGGGGGCAAAGAUAGAAGUGGAGCCACACCGUGAUAAUGGAGGCGACCGUGUAAUCACAAUUUCGGGAACUCGAGAACAGAUUCAAGCAGCGCAGUAUCUGCUACAGCAGUGGUGA